UUAUAUAUUUCUAAAUAUUUUGGACAAUUUAAAAACAUCUUAAGUAUUUUGUAUAUUUCUUUUAGAUAUUAAUUUUUUAAAUAAUAUAUUUAAGUAUAUAAAUUUGGUUCGAAUAUACUCGGAUACCCAAAAUAUUUUGGUCCGAAUCGGGUUCGGUUCUGGUUUUUAGAUACCAAAAUUUUAAACAUGUUCAGAUAUCUAACCAAAUUGAUUAAAGUUCUAUACUAUUUUCUAGAUUGGAUUUGGUUCGGUUAUUUGGAUUCAGAUUUUUUCCCAACCAUAUAUUUUUUAUUGUAACCAAAUUUUAAAUGAAAGUGACGAUGGUUCAUACUGAUUUUGGGUAUGCAACAAUUUUUAAACCAAAACACUUUCUUUUAUGUACUUGAUUUAUUUAGUUAAUCAUUAAAAAAUGUUCAAGACCCAUUAAAAACGAUAGGCUGAACUGAAAAAAAGUUACCAUUGAUCACAAAAUUUUCAAUGUGAGGCUUGUACAAUUUUUAGUAAUUUAUAAUCGUUUUAAAAAAUUCGAAAUACAACAUAUAAGAAAAAAUAUAAUUUUUUUUAUUAUAUGCUUAAUGUGAUUGUUUAAUUUAUUUUAACAAAUAAAAUUAAACGAAAAGUAUAGAGGAUAAAAAAUUAUUAUCAAAUCUUUAUUAUUCAUAAUCAUUAAUGGUGAUAUAUAUGUCAAUCAUAUUAGGAAGUUCCGUAGCUUUUAUUUAAGGAAACAAUAGAGAAUAUUCUUUUGUAUAUUAAUAAUUGAUUUAAUAAUUAUUUAAUAAAAACUAUAAUAUAUGUGUAGAUGGACCAACUUAUUUCUCUAACAAUCCUCAGAAUAAUUCUCAUGAUGACACGUGGCUACCAAACAAUGUUUCAAUGUUCCAGGAUUACUAUAUAGGGGAUAUAUAUUAUUAUUACUAGUAGAAAAUUUCUUCUGUAACAAUCGCAUGCUGGGUGUGAGUCGUGCGAGGAAGAACUGAAUAAGUCAAGAGCUUAAACAAGCAAGAGCAAAACUUUAGUAGGUAUUGUUUUUGCACACUGUUGAACUAAUCAAUUUCUCAAGUAUAUUACAAUUUGAUCAUUCUAAAUAUAUAUUGAAUGAAGAGAAACGCGGAGAACAACAUAAAUUCAUAAAACUAAUCCACGAUAUAUAUGCUAGCGACCUUAAACUAAUCCACAAUAUUCUCCGUUGCACUUAAAAUAGAUUUCUCAAACCAUCUAUAUAAACCCAACUCUCCAAGAAACUAAAAUCAUCAAAAACUCAAAAAAGAAAGAAAAAACAUUUAUAUUACAAAAAAAAGGAAAAAGAAAUAAGCAAAAAAAUGGCUAAUAAUAAAAGCGUACUAGCAUUAUGUCUGCUGUUUCUAGUGGCAUCAAGUGUGAUCUACGAGGCGCAAGGAACGUUCUUGUUAAAGAUGUACUUGAGGAGGAAGUUUUUUAAAAGGGCAAUGCAGUUUACACCUUUCGCAUGCAAAGGUAUGAUAUUUAUGUUGCACAGGCUUCAAGGUGGAUGUCCCGCGACUAAGGGGUUCAAGACUUUCUUUUCACUGUUCAUAUCUUACGUGAACUUUAUCAAAACGGCAACGGUUUCUAAAACAACCAAUACUGAGCUAACAACAAGAUGUGACGGCCUCGCCAAGGCUAUAUCUGUAUUGACUGGUGCUAACAAAGUGAGUACAGAUUUCAGAGAGACCAUGUUGUCAAUGGGAAAGACUUUGAUUGAGCAGAAGAAAGCUGGUGCAGUGCCUGUAACACCUCAGCAAAGGAAAAUGUUGAUCGUGUCUUUGGUGCAAUGGACUAGAACAGUCGUUACAGUUGUGAAAACGGCCGUGGAGACAGCAGGAAAAUCGAUUGAUACAUCGAAUCUCGGGCUUGACGUUGAUGUUAAUGAUAUUAUUGGAGGUCAAACACCCACAACACCCACAACACCCACAACACCCACAACGCCCACAACACCCACAACACCCACUACACCCACAACACCCUCUACACCCACAACACCUACAACACCCUCUACACCCACUAGCUCAACUCCUACACCCACAACACCUACGACACCCUCUACACCCACUAGUUCAACUCCUACACCCACUACACCCACAACACCUACAACACCCUCUACACCCACUAGUUCAACUCCUACACCCACAACACCCUCUACACCGACUAGUUCAACCCCUACACCCACAACACCCAGCACACCCAGCACACCCAGCACACCCAGUACACCAAGUACACCCACAACACCUACUAGCUCAACUCCUUCUGCUGGUUCUACGACCACACAAUCAGCUACCUCAUCAACCGCAUCAGCGAAACAAGUCGAGACUCAAACAUCCCAAGAAGUAAUGUCCUUCAUAUCAGAACUCGAGAAGAAGUAUGCAGGAAAGGCAGAACUCAACACCUUCUUCCAGAAACUCAAGUCUUCCAUGUCUGCCACAUCAAAGAUCGCUACCACGGACGAAAAAACCUUCGAAUCUGGGGUGAAAACUGCUGCUGGAACACUAAAUGAAGCGGCAGAAUCUGUUACUGAAAAAUUAGGCACAGCAGAGACCAAGCAGAAGAUAGAAUCUUCCCAACAACAGUUGAUGCAGACAUUCGAAGAGCUAAAAGAAGUCAACAGUAAAAUAGUGAGUGAGAGUAAAGGCCAGACAGUGUCCUCCACACAACAGUCAGAACUUAAGCAGACGCUCACUAAAUGGGAACAAGUCACCACCCAGUUUGUGGAGACUGCUGUUUCUUCUAGUUCAGCUUCAGCUUCAUCUUCCACUCAGUCUCAGAAAUCUCAGCAGUCUCAACAGUCCCUUCAGUCCCAACAGUCUCAGCAGUCUCUGCAGUCAGUGCAGACACAGCAGGGCAGUACCCUGAAGGCUCAGACUCAGACCAAUUGAGAUACACUAAUGCGCCGCAAAUCAUCAAGAGAGACAAACUAGUACCGCCAAAUAUGAUAAUUAGUAGCUAAGUAGAUGUUUUUUGUUUGGUUUUCAAUAAAACUAAGAUCGGUGUAGGCAAUAGAUGUCUACCUUUAGACCGACGUAUGCAAAUAAUAACUUUGUAAGCAAUAAAGAUAGACUGUAUGCUCGCUUUUUAUGUUUUACAUAGAGAAGUAAGCAAGACCCAUUAAAGGGAUUUUGAAUAAUUUUCUUCUUGUUUCUAUAUUAAAUUAAAUAAAAAAAUUAUUCUUUAUGAUCAGAGUUGU